UCCAGUCUGUACUUCAAAACCUGCAACCAGCACCAGAAACUAACCAGAGACACGUUCUCUGGCUCCAUUGGGCACUACCGCCCUGCAGACCGGCCUGUUACCCUGGUGCAACUCAGGCACCCAUCAGUCGCAUCUGAGGAGACAGGGCGAAAGCAAAGGAUUUGAGUGAAGGUGUACAGAAAUUUUCAGAGGGACAGUGAAAUUGCCAAAACGACGCAUCGCGCGUUCAUUUCCCGUCACUGCGUGUGCGCUUCUCUCUCUCUCUCUCUCCCUCGCUCUCUAAACAGUCUAUAAAUCCGAGACUUGGUUUCCGACUGAUUUACUCCAAAAACAUUGCAGAAAACUGGACGGACAUGUGUCUCACCUGUGCGACUGCCGACCUAUCUCUCCCUAUCUCUCCGUGCACCGGGAACAGCGAGUGAGGACGCCGGCCGCCAGUCACAACUUUCUUUCCCGGAGUAGUUUUAGUAUUUUCGCUGGACGCCACAGCUGAAAAGGGGAGGAAAAAAAAAGACAGAGAAAAGUUGUUUUUGUUUUGUUUUGUUUACAGUCAAUGUUAUUUUUUUCUGCAUUAACGUAAGCGUUUAAUUAAAAGACGAGACGGCGGAUUCAGUCCCCUUCAUUUCUGUAGCGUUGGCACUCAUGGAUAUACAUUGUAAAGCAGAUCCAUUCUCAGCUAUGCACAGGCAUGGGGGUGUGAAUCAGCUGGGAGGAGUAUUUGUGAACGGCAGGCCCCUUCCCGACGUGGUGAGACAACGCAUCGUAGAACUUGCACACCAGGGAGUCAGACCCUGUGACAUCUCUCGGCAACUGCGGGUCAGCCACGGCUGUGUCAGCAAGAUACUGGGCAGGUACUAUGAGACGGGCAGCAUCAAGCCCGGAGUUAUCGGCGGCUCAAAGCCCAAAGUUGCGACCCCGAAAGUCGUUGAUAAGAUAGCGGAAUACAAGCGCCAGAAUCCAACCAUGUUCGCUUGGGAGAUUCGCGACCGACUAUUGGCCGAGGGGAUCUGUGACAAUGACAGUGUGCCCAGUGUCAGCUCCAUCAACAGGAUCAUUCGGACCAAAGUGCAGCAGCCUUUUCAUCCCUCACCGGAUGGGCCCGCCACAGCAGUCGCUGCACCAGGCCACACAAUAGAUAUUUCCUCUCACUGGGCUGCAGAUCUUUUGGGAACCAGCUGCCCUCCAAUACCUUGCUCGAGAGGCCUUUAUUCACGUCUGAACCUUGACAUCCCAAGCACAAACUCUCCGCCUGUGUCCUCAGCCUCCAAUGAUCCCGUGGGAUCGUACUCCAUCAACGGUAUUCUGGGCAUUCCACGAUCGAAUGGCGAGGCCAAGAGGAAACGAGAUGAAGUUUGUGUCCUCUUCCUGUUAGAUACCCAGGAUGCCUCCGGGCCGAACGGUGAUUCUCAGGGAACUGCGGAGAGUGUACGGAAGCAGCUGCGGAGCGAAGCAUUUGCCCAACAGCAGUUGGAGGCCCUGGAACGCGUCUUUGAGCGGCAACACUAUUCAGACGUUUUCAAUGCUGGCGAACAUAUCAAAUCAGAGCAGGCUAAUGAGUAUUCCCUCUCUGCCCUGGCCUCUGGAUUGGAAGAUGUCAAAAGCAGCCUCUCAGCCGCGGCCACCCCUGACCUUGGGACCAACGUUUCAGGACCCCAGAGCUACCCUGUUGUGACAGGCCGUGAUAUGGCAAGUACAACUUUACCUGGCUACCCUCCACAUGUUCCACCGACUGGGCAGGGCAGCUACUCCACCUCUACACUGGCUGGCAUGGUACCAGGUAGUGAAUUUUCGGGAAACCCUUACACCCAUCCACAGUACACAACCUACAAUGAAGCCUGGCGUUUCACUAACCCGGGAUUACUAAGUUCCCCUUAUUAUUAUAGUGCCGCAUCCAGGGGUGCUGCACCCCCCACUGCUGCCACUGCCUAUGACCGCCACUAGUUACUAUGGCAACCACAUGAAACUGCAAGAUGAAUCUCUUGGGCUCCACAUUGUACCAGUCUGAUCAAUUUCAACAGUUGGGAUGAAGAACUGGAAAACUUAGAAAACAAAAUUGUUAAUCUGUGAGAGUGGUGGAAGGACAGAUAAUUGAACAUCCAUUCUGAGCAACGUGGAAUACCCUGAUUUUGGCUGUUUCUCCUUCAAACUGUGGUGCCAUUGGUAUAUUUAAACUUUUGGCUUUAUUUCCCAUUUCAGCCCCAUUGGUUCCUAUUGACUGGACUGAAAAAAAAAGAUAAAGAAAAGGAAACAAAAUAGCUCAUAUAUAGAUAUAUAUAUAUGCGUAUAUCGUAAUGAACGGAUUGAUUUAAAAAUACAUUAACAAAAAAAAGCUGCUUCAGUGCUUCAAAACAUUAACUUGGCAUUUGGACGAGCUCAUGCUCCCAUGUUUAAUUUGGUGAUUGCAAUGAUUCCAAAUAUAUCUAUAGGCCUAAUGAAACAACAAUGAAAGAACAUCUGUUGUUUACAUGAAGACCAUGUCUGGGAAGGCAACAGCGACAUGACAACUGGUGGGUUAAUCAAACGGACUCAUUCCUCGCUGCAUCAUGUUUACAAGACAGCCUAUCUCAAAACUCUGGCUGAGUGUUGACUCCUGGUGUAAUGGAUGGAGGGAAUGCACCACACACUCUGUAGCCUUGCUGCCCACCCCUGUGUGGCAUCUCUGGCCCUUCCUCCCCUCACACCUGCUACCCCAACCCCCUUCCCGCUCAGGGUCAGGGGAGGCUCUUGCUGGUACAUAUGCCGUCUCCUAGUUGCCCCCUUGGCUGCACCAUUGUCCCUCACAUCCCUCCUCCCAGACUGGACCCACCGAGCUCUGUUGAGCUCUCUGCUCCUGGCGAUUCUCCAGAUACAUUGGUUCCUAUGACAUGCAGUCUUUUCAGGAAAUGACCAAAAGCAGUAAGCGCUACCUGUGAGAAGCACCCGAGAGCCACACUUAACCAUUCAAACCCCAACACACUUAACGUGCAACGGUUCUCAGUAAAUUCGAUUGUGUUUCGCUUCCGGAGUUGAUGAUGGAAGGUAUAGAAUGAAGACCGAAAAGCAGUUUACUUUCUUCAACAGACCGAUCUUGGAUGAAUGAAGGAAAGGCCACAUAAUAGCUGAUGUUUCCAUGUACUUUUUUUGCACUAGCUAUCUGAUUGUACCAAUUAUGGCUGCAAUGGGUUUGGAGUUGGUAAGGGGCACCGAUUUCUGCAGUAGAACGACAUCGUUAAAAAUGCUUUCCUUUCUAAGAAAGAAAAGAGUCAAAUAGGCACUUAAUUGGCUUGUAUUUUGAGUUUACAGUUACUGCACUCCAGUGGUGAAAGGUAUUAAUGAAGCCUGUAGAUAGACAUUACAAAAUAGCUAUAUGCUUUGGCAGUCACAGUAAACCCUGCCUUCUGACUACCUGCCAGAAACCAGAGCUUCCAUACACAACAGAAUUAAGAGCAAGGUUAUCUUAGAAUGAUUCUGAUGGUGGGGUAACAGGGGUGGAAUAUUCACUGAGCUCUCCAGAUUGUUGCUUGCGCUUAUUGUGGUAGUACAGAUUGACAAUGUGUUCUCCACUACACAUACUUUAAUCUGUGAACUGACAUAAAAAGCCUGUGUUCUGGAGGUUGCUUUGUUCUGCGUCCUCACCACUUCUUAUCUGCAUGCGAGUGCAAAAAAAGAACAGGCAUUUCAUACACACACGUAUAGAUAGACAGACACACAAAUACACAUAUACAGACAGACAUGCAUGCACACACAUACAGGCAGACAGGCAUAUAAACAGGCACAUUCGGA